AUGAUACCAUCACAUGAAGUUGCGGAAAAUGAAUCAAUCCGUUCUAUAAAUUCAGAAGUUAAUACUCCUCUGUUAGUAGAAGAAUCCAGGAAUGAACCUCAAAUCGACUUUUCGCGGUAUGGUCGGUUUGCCAUUUUUCGAAGGUCUAAAGCUGCUGUAAUAUGCGUCACAGCUGUGACGCUUUUCUUAGAUAUGAUAGUAUACGGCAUCGUGGUCCCAAUUUUGCCACUCCUGGUCCACGAGCGCCUUGGCAUGGACGCAAAAGCGAUAGGAUUUCUUUUCGGAUGUUAUGCUAUUGGUUUGUUAGGUGCAACUCCUAUCUUUGCGAUUUUAAGCGACCGUCAUCAUACUCGGAAGAUCCCAAUGUUAUUUGGAAUGGCCAGUUUAGGGACUUGUACAUUGCUAUUCGGAGUUUCGACUGCAUAUUGGCAGUUGGUACUAGCCAGAAUUGCUCAGGGUGCAUCUGGCGGUGCAUCUUGGACAAUAAGUUUGGCCAUGUUGGCCGACCGAUUUGGGUCUGGCCGUAAGCUUGGACUUGUGAUGGGCACGGUGUUAUCUGCAAACACGUUAGGAUUUAUCACCGGUCCUUUGGUUGGAGGAAUACUCUAUAAAUACUGGGGUCCCACUGCUCCUUUUGUUUUUUGUGCCGCACUUUCCUUUAUUGGUUUUUUGGUUGUAUGCACCAUCGUAGAGCCAAUACAUCUAAAGGAGUGGGAUCGUGCAAUAAGCAUUAGGAGUGGAGAGCCGUUGGAGGAUAUGGAGUCUGAAAGUGGUCACCUUUCAAUGCUAAGUCUCAUGAAAGAAUAUAAUAUCGUAACAAUUUGCUUGACUGUAAUUGUUGCUGCCAGUGUGUUCUCCGGCAUAGAACCUACACUUCCGAUACAUCUGCAUGAAAAAUUUAAUGCAGAUGCUUCACAAAUUGGACUUGUCUAUGUUUCAGUGGUGGUACCAACUUUCAUCUCCCCACUGGUUGGAUAUCUGUCUUACACUAUUGGCCAACGAAAUAUGGUCGGCAUAGGAAUGACGCUAACAGCCGCGGCGUCCCCAUUGAUCGCAUUACCUAAUAAACUUUGGAUAGAAGCAAUUCCUCUUUUAUUCUUUGGAGCCACGUAUUCUAUAGCCAUCACACCAACACUACCACUAUUGGGUCAAGAAGUGGCCAAAAAUGGUGGUGGUGCAUAUGGACAAGUGUAUGCGUUAUGGAAUAUGGCUUACAGUAUUGGGAUGUUUGUGGGACCUGUGGUAGCAGGUUUAAUGUUAGAAUAUUAUAGAUUCCUUGGCGCAAUGCUUGCAUUCAGCUUGAUUUCCUUAUGCAUUGUACCUUUAUCAUUUUUACCAUCGAGCUGGUUAGAUAGAUGUACGGGCAGUAGGUAUAGUAGAAUACCUUCGGAUGAUCCAAUAGAAGAAGAAAUUUAG